CGUUAACGCUUACCGAUUUGGAGAAUUCUCGUGUACCAAGUGCGGAAAACGUUACAAGAAUCAUUCGUCCUUGAGUAGGCACAGCAGCACAUUGGCAAAUAUACUCAACAUCAGAAAAUGCAAUUAUGGUUGAUCAAUAUACAAGAAUUUUUAAUUGGAAAGGAAAUCAACAAAAUCAUCAGCAACAACUACAACAACAGCAGCAGCAACAACAACAACAACAAGAACGACAGGGUCAUAUUUGCAAUACUUGUGGAAAAAUUUAUAAACAAAGGAAUGCACUUUGGCGUCAUUUUACAUACGAAUGUGGUAAAAGUCCUAGAUUUCAAUGUCCUUAUUGUCGUUACAGGACCAAACAACGUUCCAACAUGUAUUCUCAUAUCAAACACAAACAUUUUGGUUUGAAUAUAUAUGUUAUAGAUUUAGAAAAUAAUCAAUAAUUGAUUUUCAAAUGAUACAUCUUUUAUUCAAAUUAUUGUCCUAUUAUUAUAAUACUUUAGAGAUCAUUAUUGUUCUCCGAAAUAUGUAGGAUAAAUAAGAAUUUAUUUUAUGAUGGUUAGAAGUGAUGUUUAAGUGUGUUGGUAUGCAUGAAUGCAUGCGUGGAUGUGCGUAUGUAUUAUUAGAAUCAUUAUCAGGAUAAAAAAUAAUCAAUAAAUCAAAUUUAACAAUUUAUAUAUAUAUAUAUCUUUCCAUUAUUUUUGAAGAAACACCGUCUCUAAUUUUACUUGAAUCUUUGAACGAAAUACACAAACUAAUGGAUGACUCUAAAAAGUUCCAAGAUCGUUUGAAACCAAAAAUAGUAAGAAUAAUAUCUCUUUUAGCAACUUUUUAGGAUGUUUUUAUUAUCAAUUUGUAGUAAAAAGCAAGUUAAAAAGUGUUUUAAUAAGAAUAUUGUAAUUGGUUUGUUUCCUAUUUCCCCCCUUUCCUUUUUUAUGAGCUUGGUAUAUUUCAAUGUGACGAUAUCAAAACUUGUGUUAGUUAGUUUUUAUCUUGUAAGAGUGUGCAAUAUAUAUUUAUAUAAAUGUUAA